CUGGCCCACGGGCUUCCCCCGCCGCCUGAGGGCGUCCUUCCUUCUCAGGAGCCCUAGAUUGUGCAGCGUCUGCCAGCUCUGUCCUCUCAGGCCCUUGGUCACCUCAGGCAGCUUGGGGUUCCUUGUCGCGCCCUUAGCGGAGGGACCAAAGCCAAGAUGGAUGUUCAGACAUGGUAUUUGAAAACGUCCAAGCUGGCACUGGCCUUGGCGAUUAUCCACUCAAAGCCAGCAGACAGAAGCAGCAGAGAGUAUGCAGAGCAACUGGCUACCUUGGUGACCCAGCAGGAGUCCAAACAGAAGUCAAAAGUUGAAGCCUUAGAAGCAGAAGUCCUACAGUUACGUCAAAAACUAUUCCUGAGUAGGAUUUCCUCCGGGUUGUUUAAGAAUGAACACGACGUGCUCCCCACGUUGUCAGAUCAGGACCCUACAAGUUCUGAAAACACAUUGACGUUGAUGGAUGACUCCGGAUGUGUCUUAUCUAGUGAGCAGAGAAGCGAACCUGCGGAAUUAUCCCAGCAUUUUGUGGAGAGCAGCAAUCCCCCACCCCUUCUCCUGCUGCCUCUUGAGAAAAAGCCAUGCACUACCCUGGAAAACUCUCUGUCUUCUCACAUGCAGUUCUUCCAGCAUCUGCUGGCACUGAAGAGGUGGACAGAGCCCGGCCGUCUCACAGCGUACCUAACCCACUUUGAAAGAGACUCCUGCACGGUUUCGGAGUCAGCUUCACAGCUGUUAGAUGGGUUGAUCACGUUUUACCGGAACCCCAAACUGCCCUUCUCAAGCUUUUGGACAGAGGCUGUUGGUACAUUAGCCCGACUGGCGAGUGACUUUCGUCUAUCAAAUCAUAUUUUUAAAAGAUGUUCUAAGCAGUUGGAAGAAUUUGAGAAAACUCUACUCCAGGCUAUUUUAGGGAACAACAGUAUAAACCGGUUCCAGGUGCAGCGCUAUGUCUCCCAGAGCCUAGCAACCCUAGGAAGCUGCAGCUUGUUGAGGAAGUCUAUUGUGUCGUUGCUACUAUCGGAAGUGAACAGCUUUGUGGACGACCUGGGAGCCAUCGAUCAGGAUCAAAGCAAUUAUGAUGUGACACGAUAUGAAAAUAUUUUCUCCCUGUUUUGGAUCCUGGAACAACUUCUUCAACAGGAUACCCAGGGAGAUCCCAUUCCACACAUCGACCCCAGCAGCCCGGAAAUUCAGAAAUUUCUUCAAAAGCAUGAUGAAACCAUCCUCAGACUUUCAGAUGCGUUUCCUUUACUUACAUUUUACUUAUGGAGACUGGGCGUUCUCUUGAACUCACCAGAGAUGGAAACUGUUAAGACUGAGUCAUUGCCUUAGCAGAUGAUCAUAUAUCAGAAAAUGGUGUGCUUCAGUGUUUUUCAAAAAAUGUUUUUAAGUGAAUAUUUUAAAUUGAUUAACCAACUAAUCAUUAAUUCAAUUUAGUGAUAAGUCUUCUGUAUCAGAGAUAAUGAGUCACUGUUCUGUAUUAUAAUCAGGCAAUUCCGGUUGACAAUGCCCCCUUAUGUUCAUGUAUUAUAUCUUAUUUCACUCAAUAGUCUAGCUCUAUUCUCUAACAUGGCCUGUCUCAUAAAACACAAUAAAUUGCCAAUGAUUUCCAUCUGAUAUAAAUUUCAUUACAAAUUGUAAUGAAAUAAAGCUUAAACUUCUAUCCUUUAACACACUUAAAUUCAAGGUUUAAGUAAAUGGUAAAAAAUAAAAUUUAUUAUGUAGCUAUCCUAAAGUCAUUUUUCUCUUGAAGGAUUGCUUUGUAGGAAAAGAAGAGGCUUUGAAAACCAGUGGCUUUUAAUUUUACUUAAUCAACAUGUUUGUAAAGUUAUUUGCAAAGUAUUAAUUAGUUCUUUAAAAUGUCCCUUUUUAAAACAAUUUUUCUGUUGAUUAAAAACAUUGUUGUUCCUAUGAUUGUUAAAAUUUAGUAAAAUUGUAUAUUACUAAGUCAUCAGGGAUGGUUUUAUAAAUUGUAAUAUUCUAUAAUAAAUACACUUUAUACUUACUAAAA